GCGAGAAGAAGACGGGGAAGAGAGAGAGACGCGCUGAGGGGAUGCCGGUGCGGAUGGCGGCCGCGGUGCCUCCCACGCAGAGCCUGCGCCUGGAGAACGCGUCCAUCCUGUCCGAGGGGGCCCUGCAGGAUGGGCAUCGCCUCUGGAUCGGAAACCUGGACCCCAAGAUCACGGAGUACCACCUCCUCAAGCUACUCCAGAAGUUCGGCAAGGUGAAGCAGUUUGAUUUCCUUUUCCACAAGUCGGGCGUGUUGGAGGGCCAGCCCAGAGGCUACUGCUUUGUGAACUUUGAGACCAAGCAGGAAGCCGAGCAAGCGAUCCAGUGCCUGAAUGGCAAGCUGGCCCUCUCCAAGAAGCUGGUGGUGCGGUGGGCCCACGCCCAGGUCAAGAGAUAUGAUCAGAAUAAGAAUGAAAAGAUCCUUCCCAUCAGCCUGGAGCCCUCAUCCAGCACGGAACCGACCCAGUCCAACCUGAGCGUCAGUACAAAGAUCAAAGCCAUCGAAGCCAAGCUGAAAAUGAUGGCCGAGAACCCGGACACUGAGCUCCCGCCGGCGCCACCGUACACCUACUUCAAGCCGCCUGACAAAAAACGGACUGCCCCGUACUCCAGAGCCGCCUGGAAGUCAAAGAGGUGACUCUGGGGCGCAAGGCAACGCCGUCCCCCGGCAUUCUUGUGUGAGUUUAUACAGUCCUCUAGGAAGAACAGUGCGCUGCCUUGGUCUUCAGGGGCUUCCCGGAGGGCUCCGUGCCGGCCUUCGGAAGGCUCGUAGCUUCUCUGGCGUCUCCUUCUGCACACGGGCGCGAAUCCACUCCGGAGGAAAUGAACUGCAAUGCCACCCCCAGGUCUGUAAAGAACGUCUCCAAACGCCAGUGGUUUUCCUUAGGACAUCCAGAAGCAUCUACCCCUGCCAGACCUAUCUCAGAAAUCCAAGGAGUGUGUGUGUGUGUGUGUGUUUUCACUGCUUAAGAAUUUCUCCUAGCCCCAAGGUAAGAGUUGCGCUGCAGUUCACAGUCUGCCUGAAAAACAUCUUUGACAAACAGCUCAAGCAGUGAAUCGAGUGGGCCUCAACCGCAACAGGACCUGCCAAAAAGCCAAAUGGUUCUUGUAGCUUGAACAUGGGGAACAAGCUUGAAUCCUGAAAUGGGUGGGAUGUCUGGGGGUGACGUUUCGCUGUGACUUCUUUGCCCAGUUGAACGCAUUUAGGCCUAUGCAUCAAUACAUUUUUUUAAAAAAACCCGAUUGUACAGGAAUAAAGUUAUCCCGGCUUUCAAAGUG